AGCCCCACCCAAAAUGGAGUUUCACCUUUUACUACUGCUUCUUCUUGUUGGAGGAGUUUUCUCUGCAGUUCCAGUCACUCCUGAUAUGAAAACCUUCUCUUCUGCAAUCAAAGGAGGCAGUCUACCCGCCAAUACUGAAAAAACACUGUAUGAACACAGCACUGGCCAGGCAGGAGUCAUUACAGAACAAUGGUUUACAGGUGGUGGUGCAAUGAACGAAGAUACUAGAAUAAGGAUAUACAUUGAUGGGGAGACUACAGCAAGCAUUGAUUUUAUGCUGUUACUAGCUCACGGGAUUGGAGGCACAGAAGCCACUGAAAAGGGUAACAUUCCAUGGGGUACUAAGAGAAUAGCCCAUGCUGCUGAUGGUGGUAUAUACAAUACCUACCGGAUACCUUUUGCUAAUUCUUUUAAAGUUACUGCAACUCAUCCCAACGGUGGGGCAUUCUGGUAUAUUAUACGUGGAGUUGAGAACUAUCCUCUUAUCCUUGGGGAUCUGCUUCUACCAAAAACAACGAAACUCAAACUCUACAAAAAUGUCGGCAUAGUCCUGAAGCCCUUGGAUUUCAUAGCUCUUGUUGACGUUAAUUCCACUGCAGGUGCUGUGUUUCAAGUGACCCUGUCAGCAGACAGCCCUGAUUUUAACUACCUUCAGGCCUGUAUGAGGGUAGCCAUUGAUGACUCCAACUCUACAAUGUUCCUUUCCUCUGGCACUGAAGAUUUCUUUCUCUCUGCUUACUAUUUUGAUGGAGGUUUGUAUCACCUUGAUAACUCAGGCCUCACUCUCAAAGAAGGAAGAGGUCAAAUGUCUGCUUACAAGUUCUUUGAGAAUGAUCCUUUGCUAUUCAGUAAAUCUAUCAAGCUAUCCUGGCGUUGUGGUGAAAGCAGUGAUUGCCCUAGUGACUUCCCUCCUCCAACCAGCAGGUCUGAGAGGCUCAAGGACCCACCACCGCCUAAUAACACUACAGUCACUACCUAUGCAUGGGUCUAUGAGUGGGCUAUGUGAUUGUAUUCAUUGCUAUGCUGUUUGUUUAUUAUCAUGCUGAAGCUAUUUUUAGCACUAUUUUCAAUCCAAAUAAUGUUUAGGUAAAAAAUUUAUCUUAUCACAAAAUUAUAAAAGACACCGUGGUGUCCAAAAAUAUUACAUGGGUGGGUUCCAGAACAAUGGAGACUCACCUACCACAACUUGAGUCACAAUUAGGAACAUAAGUACAACCAUUUUAUCCUUCACCUUAGACAAUCAUCAAAGUGUGGAGCUGGUACUACCUUAUGAUAUAUCAGUGCUCAAUAGCAGCUACUCUCAGCAUCAUAAUAAAGGUAUUAAAAUUCAAUCCAGUGCUGCUAUGCUAUAUCAGUGGUGGUAUUGAGUUAAAAUGGUAAUAGCUCUAAUUUGUAUCACUGAAAUGCAUAAAGGAACCAGCCACAACCAAUUAGGCAAUUAUGUCUACUAUGCUCUCACUCCAGGAGUCAAUAGCAUUGCCAGUAUAAGUAAUAAGUGUGGAAUAUCAAUCAUAGAUAUUCUUUUUACUCUAAUAUCUAUGCUAUCUCUUGAUGCUAUAUAGAUCUAUACACUUAUGCUGGGAGGUACGCCCCCGGGUCGUAAUUAAAACCAGCUCCACCCAAAAUGGAGUUUCACCUCUUGCUGCUGUUUCUUCUUGUUGGAGGAGUUUUCUCUGCAAUUCCAGUUACUCCGGAUAUGAAGUCCUUCUCUUCUGCAAUCAAAGGAGGUCAUCUACCUGCUAACACUGAGAAAACACUGUAUGAACACAGCACUGGCCAGGCAGGAGUCAUUACAGAACAAUGGUUUACAGGUAGAGGUGUAAUGAACGAGGACGCUAGAAUAAGGAUAUACGUUGAUGGAGAGACUACAGCCAGCAUUGAUUUUAUGCUGUUACUAGCUCACGGGAUUGGAGGCACAGAAUCCAUUGAAGUGGGUAACAUCCCAUGGGGUACUAAAAGAAUAGCUCAUGCUGCUGAUGGUGGUAUAUACAAUACCUACCGGAUACCUUUUGCUAAUUCUUUUAAAGUUACUGCAACUCAUCCCAAUGGUGGUACCUUCUGGUAUAUUAUACGUGGAGUUGAGAACUAUCCUCUUAUCCUUGGGGAUCUGCUUCUACCAAAAACAACGAAACUGAAACUCUAUAAAAAUGUUGGCAUAAUCCUGAAGCCCUUAGAUUUCAUAACUCUUGCUGAUGUUAAUGCCACUGCAGGUGCUCUAUUUCAAGUGACCCUCUCAGCAAACAGCACUGAUUUUCACUAUGUUGAGGCAUGCAUGAGGGCAAUCAUUGAUGACUCCAACUCUACAAUGUUCCUUUCCUCUGGUACUGAAGAUUUCUUUCUCUCUGCAUACUCUUUUAACAGAGGCUUGUAUCACCAUGAUAAUGCAGGUUGCACUCUUAGACAAGGAAAAGCUCAAAUUUCCGCUUACAAGUUCUUUGAGAAUGAUCCUUUGCUGUUCAGUAAAUCCCUCAAGAUAUCCUAUCGUUGUGGUGAGACCAGAGAUGGACAAUUAGGCUGCCCUAGUGACUUCCCUCCUCCAACCAGCAGGCCUGAUAGGCUGGAGGCACCACUGCUUGCUAACACUACAGUCACUACCUACACAUGGGUCUAUGAGUGGGCUAUGUGAUUGUAUUCAUAUUUGCUAUUUGUUUCAUUCAUUGUUUCAUUUAUUGCUAUGCUGUCCCACCCUUUCUUGCUGAAUACAGUUUGAUAUUAUAAACUAGCCUUUUGAUACAGGGCUAAAAUGGAGAACUUUCACCUCAAAAUA